CCCCGACUACACGAUAAAUGCUAUUUACGACUACACGCGCCGCGCGUCAGCCUUGGAAACCAGCCGACGCUAGCCUCACAUUCGUUCACAAGGCCUCCACGAUCGGUCAGAGCAAAUUUUUUCCACAUUUUUUCAAAUCUCUUCGCAUAACCCAGCACCAUGAGUGACGCCAAACACAAAGACGAUAAACACAAAGAGGACAAACACAAGGACGAGAAACACAAGGAUGACAAGAAAAAGGAUGACAAGCACAAAGAUGAGAAACACAAGGAUGACAAGAAAAAGGAUGACAAACACAAAGACGACAAACAUAAGGACGAGCAUAAGGACAAGAAGGACAAGGACAAGAAGAAAGAUUCUGACGAUGAAAAGAAGAAAGAUAAAAAACACUAGAGUCUAUUUUUAGCUCCGAGAUUUUUUUCUGAAAUGUCAAUAUAGGCCUAGGUUACUAAAAGUGCUUACAAAUAUGCCAGUUUGAUUGUCAUAUGCCAGGUUUUGAAAAAAAUAAUCUGGCCACUUUUGUGUGUUUUGGUCUGUGUAUGUCUUCUCAUGCGAACAUCUCAUUUAAUUUCAUUCUCCAUGUUGAAGUCACGUUUAUAUAUACAUGUAUAUACAUACGUGUAUAAACCUCUAUACACAAUGUAUGUAUGCAUAUAUAUUUAUAUAAAUACUACACAUACUUUUAUAGUUGUUUGUUGGUCUAGAGCAGUUUAUACAUUAUGCGUAUGUGUCCACUCUCAGACAACUUUACCGAUCUCAUAUGCUAAAAAAACAGACUUUAUAUGGUAAUUUACCAAAAUAAAUAUAGUGUAUAAAUUGAUUAAUUAAAUAAAAUCAAUAAUAUUAUCAGCUACAACAAGCACUACCAACCCUAAAAACAUUAAGGGAAGCAACUCUUGUUUUUAAUAAAAUUUUGGACAUUUUUUUUUCCACAUAUCACUUUCAAAGAGUUUGAGUAAAAAAAAAACGUCAACUGUGAUACCAAAAUCAAUUUUAACAUUUGUUGAACUUAUGUUAAUAUUUGAGAUCUGAUAUUUUAUAUCUUAUCUAUUCCAAUUUUUUAUUCUAUUUUUUUUUACAAAAACUCUUUUUACACUAUAAAUUUUUGUACUGCUGUUUCUAAACUGACACAUAUAUCUAUAUUAAAUAUUGUUUGGAA